AUGAUUUAUAACAAAAUAAAUCGAUUUACUGGACCCUGCGUAAUCCUUUCUUUGAUUUGUCUAUCAUUGCAUUUCGUUGAUAUUCAAGCGAAUCUAUCACCCUAUGAAAACAAUUGCCAACUUGUUAUCCAAGAUAAAGCGCAAACUUAUAUGCAUUUAAAUGAAAUGAUCCAAUCUGAUUCUGUUAGAGUGAUUAUAUUCGACCUGUAUAUAGGACGUCAGAGAGUUCACCGAUAUCAUAAUAGCACUGUAUUUUUUGGCUGGGUUAAGAAAAAUGUAGGCGAAAUUAUUUUUACUUUGCCUAAUGAUUACGCUGCUAUGAGUUUAAGCCUUUAUGCAGUUUUUAUGUCAUCAUUGAAGAUAUCUUUUAAUGAAUCGACAGUUGGCUGUUAUGGCCACUUAUCAGACUCUUACUCUAGAGAUUAUGCUAUAUUUACAGCAUUGGCUGAACUGAUUGAAUUGAAUAAAAGUUGUAGUGGCGAAGACUGCGGUACUAUCUGUCGAAGAAAUUUUACACAAAAGGAUGCAUUCUUUCAUAAUAUCGAUAUAUAUUCCUGCUGUCAAAAGGAUCCACGAAACGCUAAGAUAAAUAUUCAAACAUGUUUUAUUAAGAAAAGAUUUCUAUGGUAUAUCCCUGUAGUAACGCUAGUCACAAUUUUGUUAAGCAUUUUAUUAAGUGGGACAGCUGUUGAUAGAAUAAUAAGUUGGUAUCUACGAAGAUUGGAAAGAAAUACUAAAAUUGAAUCUGUCUCUGUACGAAUACUAAACGAAUUUAGACUGCAAGAUAUGGGAUAUUUCUAUCUAUCAGAGAAUAAACAUAGAACUGGCUGGGCGCUUGUAAAUUAUGCAUUCAAGUAUUGCCUAUUUGCUGUUAUUACCUUUUCGAUUGGAUUUUUUUCAUUUUUUAUGCAAAAAUUUUCAGCUCACUUUAUUAUCUUUCCAAACAUGUAUCAAGUUAGAAUACCACGCUUUAUAGAACAAGCAUUUCUAUAUUUAGUCUACAGUUGUGGUAUUUCUAUAUUUUUCAUCAUUUUGACUUACCUUAAACAAUAUUGUAGCCGUGAAGAUUAUUCCUAUCGAUAUAGGCCUAUAUUUGAGGAACCACAUCGACUUCGCUAUAUUUCACCAGACAGUUAUCGAGAAUUACACUUCCAAAUCAUGCAUUAUAUCAAUAGCACAAUUUACCACAUGCGGUCAUUUCAUGUCGUAGGCUUUACCAUCAAUUUCUUAUCGCUUAUAUUAUGCUUACCAUUUUAUAUAUUUGGAGGAAUCGGUAAUUUACGAAGUAUUAUGUUUAUAGCAGAAUUGUUCCAUAUGAGAAUGAAAAAGGCAUUACUUUCUGAAAAAAUGUCAGCGCGAUUUCUUAGCUAUAUCGUAUCCACACUGAUAGCCUUUAUAUCGCUGUUUUAUUCGAUUUCCACUAUAUUGACCAUAAGGAUGGGCCUUCAGCUUAUAAUUAGGAUAAUUAUUACGGUUGUGACUUUUAUGAUUUCCUUUCCGGUCUAUUUUAGCGUCGUUAUAGUUACUGUAGUCCCCUACUUGUAUUAUAUUGUAUAUACUUUUGACGCCUAUUUUAGAAAUGAGAAAAUAAUAUCAAGGCGAAUAAUUCAAUUGCAGGAUAAAGUAAAUCAAACUACUAAAGAAAUACUGCGUGCUAAAGAAGGAAAUCUACAUGUAUUUGUAACUAUAACAUACGAUAAUGUUCUAGUUGAUUUACCUGAAAUGCUGCAAGACAAUCAGAUACGACAUAAUAUUACUAGGUAUAUUCUAUGGAUCCAAAAAAAGCCUAAUCACCAUAUUUUAGAUGGAAUAUGUAAAAUUGUUUUUCGUUAUGAAAUACUGCCUGAUAAGACUGUAGUAGUAACGCUGUCUCAAUGUGUCAAUGGCUGCCGUCGUUGUCCUUAUACUCUUGGAAUUGACAUGCUGUUAACAACAAUCGAACACCAUCUACGGAAUAGCGACCGUAACUAUUUUAAAAGUCACUUAUGUCCAAUUUAUUACUGUAAAGAAGACAUUGCUAAUACAGAGAUUAUUGCUAUUCCUUCAGAAUUACAUCAAUAUCUAUGUUAUUAUGCACCGCACAUAUCGAUCAGUCUAUGGCGCAUGAUAAUCAAUAUUAUUUUUGUAACUGGGAUUUUUCUAACCUUUAUUUUAACCAGUUUACUGAAUUACAGAACUCGACCAUUUUCAUCAUUAAGCUCUGCCAUUGCUAGUUUGCCUUUUAUUCUUUUAGCAGUGAAUCUAUCGCUUCAAUAUGUUAAAAUACCAGCAUUAAAGGAAGAGAUUAUGGAUAUGAUAUUAGUUGCUAAUAUAGUUCAAUAUCGAAGAGGUUAUCGAUUAUUUUGUACUAAAGGAAUACAAUUUCAGCCUAUCGUUCAGGCGUAUAGGAUGAGUCUGGCAAAUAAUUUUCCUGAUAGUGUUGAUAGCGGAACAAUAGGAAUGGAACUUUACCGUGAUCAAGCAAAUAGUCUAUUCCUUAGUACAUGCAAAUUGAGAUUAGGAAACAUCUUUAGAAAAAUCAAACAGUCAUUUGGACAUUGUGAAGGACAGGAGGAAGAUUUUUCAAUAAACAGUGAACGUGAAUCGCUUUUACAUCGCACAUCAUAA